CGGGGAGAAAGAUGCCUGGGGGAAGAAACUUUCGGAGGCGUAAAGCCUCGUCGUCAGAUGAAGAAGCGGAGGCUGAAGAAGUAACUCAGGAGGUUAGAAUUAAGCUGGAGGAAGCCAAGGAAGUACAGAGUCUGAGAAAGAGGCAAAAUGGUGUAAGUGCUGCAGCCCUGCUGGUGGGUGAAAGAUUGCCAGAAGAGGUGAUAAUGGCGGAUGAUCCUUUCAAGAUGCAAAGUGGUGGAAUGGUAGACAUGAAGAAGCUGAAGGACCGUGGAAAAGACAGACUUGGAGAAGAGGAGGACCUGAAUUUAGGAACUUCUUUUUCAGCAGAAACCAACAGAAGGGAUGAAGAUGCUGACAUGAUGAAGUACAUUGAGACAGAGCUCAAGAAACGAAAAGGCAUUGUGGAAAAUGAGGAGAAGAAGGUGAAGCCAAAGAGUGCAGAGGACUGUCUCUAUGAGCUACCAGAGAGUAUCAAAGUGUCAUCUGCCAAGAAGACAGAGGAGAUGUUGUCCAACCAGAUGCUGAGUGGGAUCCCAGAAGUAGACUUGGGAAUAGACGCAAAGAUCAAAAACAUUAUUUCCACAGAGGAGGCAAAGGCUCGGCUACUGGCAGAGCAGCAGAACAAAAAAAAAGACAAGCACACAUCCUUUGUACCCACCAACAUGGCGGUCAACUAUGUACAACACAAUCGAUUUUAUCAAGAGGACCAGAACACGCCCAUGAGGCGCCACAAGGAGGAGCCAAAACCACGCCCUCUCCGUGUGGGUGACACUGAAAAGCCAGAACCAGAAAAGUCACCUCCCAACCGCAAGAGGCCAUCCAAUGAGAAAGCCACAGAUGACUAUCAUUAUGAAAAGUUUAAAAAGAUGAACAGACGUUACUGAGUCCAAGACUGAAUGGAGCAUCAGCAGUGCCCCACCCCCCGCCCACUUUUUUUUUUUUUUAAAUGAGGUAUUUCCCUUGAUUUGAGGAAUAUAUGUAGUUUAGUAUAUAGUACAAGCAUUCCAACUGAGUUUUAUCAGACGAAAAAUGUUUAUUGCCAAUUUAUACAAAAAUAAACACAAAUUUAGUGUU